CCCCUCCUCUCUCUCUCUCUCUCUUCUCUCACAAGAUAUAUAGACACAAUAAAAGAAGAAAUUAAAUCAAAACCAACCAAAGGCAAAUGGAACAAAGAAAUAUUCUAUUUCUUCUUACUCUUCUGGUAUUGCUUAUUUCCUACACAACAUCAGCUCGUCUUCUACCUACAAAUUCUCAAGAUAAUCAGAAGAUUGAAUCUAAUGGAAUUAGCUAUCCAAUUUCCUCAGAAGUUGAAGACUUCACCGAUCUCAUGGGGAUAGAAGAAUGUGAAGAAAAAGAUGAAGGUUGUUUCAAGAGAAGAAUGGUUGCUGAGGCUCAUUUGGAUUACAUUUAUACUCAACACAAACCAAAGCCUUGAAUUAAAGAACUUUUGUUAAAGGAUAAUUAGUAUUCUCUAUAGUUUGUAACUAUAAAUUAGACUACUAAAGGAACUUUGUUAAUCUCUUAAACGUGAAAAAUCAAUACUCAGCUUGUAUUAAUUUCCAUGUAUUAUAAGAUGUAGUACUAUGUUUUGUGAACUAUGAAGGUAGUCAAAAGUUUUAAUAUUUAUUA